AUGGACCAGAAGAAUGUGACUUAUAACUCUGCUUCUGGUGACGGUCAAGGCAACGGAGUGAGAAUGUCAACCUCCUUCCAUAGCGGAACUCGCCUCAAUCUGCCUUUCUACGGCCAGAGUACUGACUCCAUCGUUGUAUUCGUCCUUACACUCGUCGUGCUUUUCUUCCUUGCCGUGUGGAACAGGUACUUAGUCGCCGUCAAGGAUAAACUUGAGCACAGGAUCAUCGCGGCGCGUGCCCUUGAAACCAUCGGACGACUUCCUCGCCACCGACGCAGAGCUUUUUUCAAGGCUCGCCUGAGUCCUCUUCCAAGAUUCGUGAGAAUCAACAGGGAGAAUCAUCCUCGCGCAGACGAUGGACCGAUCGAGAUGCUCGCAAACUGUAGAGAACGGCUUCAUGACGACGAGGUUAGAGCUGAUACUCUGUCCCCAGUUGAGUUGACCGCACAGAAGUCGGUCUCGUACUAUAUCUGGAUGCGAGCGUUGGUGGAGUUGCUCAGAGCACUUAUCGCGUUUAUCUUAAUGAUAGGGAUCAUGGGUCUUAAUAUCGGUGUUCUCUGUGCCAUGCUCGCAGGUGUCCUCGCGGGGGAGCUGAUCAAAGGAUGGCUACAUGCGCCAGCUUGA